AAUUCUCACAGAUCAUCGUUCUCACAAGCUAACAAUUCACUAGCAUCAAUUACUUAGUAGUUUCGUCGAGAAAGAAAGAGAGAAAAGAAAAAGAUGUCUCGGUUCGUGAUGGACUCCAACAAUCUGUGGCUGCUGGGUCUGGUCGACCACACGAUCAGGGUGAAUACGGGGCCGUUUUCCCCGGACAUCAACACCCAGGAUCUGAACGACAACGAGACCAAAUGGACAAUGGUGGCCCGGAUCGGGAACAACAAGUACUGCAGCCACCGCGAGCUGGAAGUCUUCGGGGCGGCGCUGAACCCGCAGAAGGUGGAGCAGCUCUGGCAGAACCUCUACGGCCGCCAGCUCAACAUCAACCGAGAAGGAUUCAUGUUCACGUGGCACAACCGCGGCACCGACAACGGCCGGUUCAAGCCGGGUGCACUCCUGUACCGCCUCAACGAUCUCUACGAGUGGUCCAACCACGGGGUCACCGUCCCGCUCCCGGUCGGGACAUCGUGGGACCGGUUCGAGCGGACCACGGGGAAGCUGAUGGAGGGGGCCGGUGGUGGUGGUUCGGCCCAGGUGAAGAAGGAGUUGGAGGAGAAGGAGAAGGAGAACAAGAGGCUGCAGGAAGAGGCUGCGGAGCGGGAGAAGCGGGCCAAGGAGAGGGAAGAAGCGGCCCAGAAGGAGAUCCAGGAGCUGAAAGAGCAGGCCCAAGCGAGGGAGGAUGCGGCCAAGAAGGAGAGCGACGAGCUGAAGAAGCAGGCCAAGGAGAAAGACGAUCAGCUGGCCGCCAAGGACAAACAGAUCGCAAACCUCAGGGCAGCUCUCGCUGCCUUCACCUAAAUUCAUAAUGCUUCUAACUACGUAGUUAUCAUUCCGUUCAUGCACACCGUUCCUUUGAGAUUUCUAUUUCCUGUUCUUAUUGUUAUGUAUUCUGUUUUCCUCUACGUACUUGUUUUCAUGCACGUAUCUCAUGCAUGCAUGUACGUACACACCUGAAGGUGUCUGUGUUAUGUCGUUGUUGUGUAUUUUGAUUGGUGGCUACCGAUGAUCAGUUGCCAAUCAACCAAUAAGAAAUAAAACUGUGG